AGGUUUGGUAUGUCGUUGACGUCUUUGCACAAGACUGACAUUUCUGUCAUCUGUUUCUUGUUUUCUUUAGUUUCUGUUAUUAGUUAUGUUUCAUUAUUUUUAUACACUCUGAAACGUUAUUUAUUAUAAAAUACUCAAUUAUCUACUCUAUUGGGUCAGUCUACCAUCGAUUCCUCAAUGUUUUAACAACAAUGCUCAAGAAAAAUUGAGGAAAUUGACUGCUGAUGCGACCAGUAUUUAAAGCACUACCUACUAUUUCUGCUGGAGUGUGAGUUGAGAGGAUAUAGCUGAAAAUGGGAGACAUUUACAACACAAUGGAAAGUAGAAAGGACGACCUGUCAGUGCAGCUGUCGACCAGCAGUCUGCAGCUGCCGAUGGGCGACGGGGGUGGCGGGGGCGGCUACAUGGGGGUGGGGAUGGGAGAUGCGAUGAACCGGCCGUCACCGCCGCUGGCACUGUUCUACCCACAGCUGGGCUACGAGAUCCAUCCAUUUCUGCUGUCACAACACCACGCGCAUGCGCGUCACCCUAACAUGGCCGCCACCCCCUUCGAGGAGGCAGACGACGCGAGUCACCUGCUCGACAACGAACACGCCGUCUUCGGCGCCCCCAACAUGCUCGAGGACCCCCUGCGCACCCCCAAGCACAAGCCAGUCAAGCGCAAGCCCAUAGAAACGCCCUACCCCGUCGAGCCUUGUGCCGCCGACUCCAACGCCGACUACGCCAUCAAAAAUAGGAAGAUUUUUAUCUGCAAACUGUGCGAGAAGACGUUCAAAUUCCAAACAUCGUUACUGCGUCACAACAACAAGGUGCACAUCAGCAAAUACCAGUGCCAGACUUGCCAUAGGGUGUUCUCCAGGCAGGCUUACCUGGAUGUGCACACCUCCAAGCAGGGCAGCUCCUGCUAUCUGGGCAACUACUCCAACGCCAAACCACGCUCAAAACUCAACAAACUACCACCACCACCACCACUACCACAACAACAACAACUGCAACAAUAAACCAUUGCUACCAAUCUCCCCUUCUAUUAUUCCAAGUGCAAUUGCAAGUAUUCUCUUUUUUACUCUAGUUUACCAUACUCUAUCGAUUGUUAGUUCUUUUGUUGCAAGUUACUUUUAAAAUCAAAAUCUCUCUCUCCUGAGGUGAAAAGCACGAUCAAUGUCCUCAGAUUUUAAUUUGCUUGUUUAGGCGUAACGUGGACCAGUAGUUUCGUGGGGGCAAAUUAUUGGAGGUAAUGGAGGUGUCGGACCUCCAUUACAACAUCUAUUGACGUAGUUAAUUGUUAGUCUUUGAUAAAAGACCAAGAUUUCAAUUUUAUAUCGAUUAUAUUAAAAUAGAUUAUUUUACAUAAAAAUAUUACUUAGUCUAUAGAUGAGCCGCCACCAAGAUAUAAUAUAUUGUAAAAACAUUCAAUUGGGUUUGCUUACCAAAAAUAGCUCUUUCUUACGUUAUUGUUGUUAAUUAGUCGGGAAUUAUGUUUAUUGAGAAAAUAUAUUAAUUAUACUGUAGCAGCUAGAAUGAAAUGUGCGGCUGUUGGCUUAGCGCUUUUUUAUGAAAUGUUAACAUUUUUUAAGAGGGUCAGGCGAAGUGAUUCGAAUAAAUUGAAUGUACACAUGUUACGUCACUGAUAAAAAUUUAUUUUUUCGAAUUUCAAAUUUGAAAAUUUUUAUUUGAAAGUAUAAUUAAUUAUUUAUUACAUUGCUCACUUAGGAAUGUAUUUAAUUAAUUUCACUUCUACCGCAAUCUAUGUAAGAAGCUAUAAAUAAAUUUGUAAGUAUUUCCAAGAGUUGAAGGAGAAGCGUCUUCCUUGAUGGAAAAAGCUUCUUCCAUGAGGUGAUACUCUGCCUGCAUUUUGUCCAGUCAAGUUCUAAAACUUAAACAUUAUAUUAUUCUAUAGUACGGUAAGCAAUUUUGGUUCCAUUUAUUAUAACAAGAAGGAAUUAUUAUUUUGUUUGUUGGGAUAAAUAUGUAUUAUAUAAUGUAUACUCCGUUGCAUGUUACAAACAUACAUACAUUCAUACUGUCAUAAAUAUUCAUUCAAUUUUUAUAAUUUCAGUUGAUUAAUAUUUUGUUUUAUAUUCAACGUUUUCUUGGAAAAAAAUACAUUUUACAAUCACACAACUGAAUCUUGAUGAGGAUUACCUUUUUUCCUAAUUCUAAUGAUAUUCUUCAUUAUUAUAUCUAUCUUCAUAUCUAACACAUUUAGUUUUUCUAUGCAAUAAGGUAUAAAUUAGAAGCUGUAUAUUGCAAGUUGCCAAAGUAAAAUGCCAAGGAAACACACUCGACACUUCAUGAAACAGACAUUUUCACAAAAAGUUUUAUGCAGUUUGUUGAAGUUUUGCGGUAUAUUGAAUUUGAUAAAUUCAAAUGAACUUAAGACAGUUCAUGUAGGAUAAAUAAAACAAAGUUGAAGUCUUCCCAGAACACGAAUUAACUGAAAACUUAUCAUUGAAGGAAAAUUACAAAAAAACACUGACACACUAUUUAAAAUAGUGCCCUGACAUUGUA